AUGGCUUAUUCAUCAUCAUCAUCAUCUUCUUCUUCUUCUUCUUCUGGUAAGCACAACCCUUCAAGUCUUAAAGCUGCAGCAAUUGUAAAAACCCUCAAAGGUCCUAAGUAUGACGACUGGGAAGACGUUGAUAAGUAUAGUCCAGACCUUCCGUUCAACCCUAAAUUUACACCUGAAAAUUACACGGAAAAAUUCCUUCAUUUUAUGAACACUUCUCCGACUGCUUAUCAUGCAGUUGACUAUCUGGCUAAAGAAUUGGAGGCGAAUGGGUUUAAAUAUCUUUCGGAACGAGAAUCAUGGUCUGAAGCUCUUAAUUAUAAAGGUAAAUAUUAUACCACUCGAAAUGGUUCCUCUCUUUGUGCAUUCGUCGUUGGUAAAAAUUGGCUUCCUGGUAAUGGAAUUGGCUUAAUUGGCGCUCACAUUGAUGCCCUCGCCGCAAAGCUUAAGCCCGUUUCUAAAAAAGACCCUGUUGAAGGUUAUCUCCAACUAGGCGUUGCUCCAUAUGCCAAUUCAUUUGCUGGUCCUACAUGGUGGGACCGAGAUUUAGGAAUUGGUGGUAAAAUAAUUGUCAGAGAAGGAAAUUCUGUGACAUCAAAGCUUGUACAUGUUCCUUAUCCUAUUGCGCGAAUCCCCACAUUAGCGCCACAUUUUGGAGCACCUUCUGUUGGACCAUUCAAUGCUGAAACCCAAAUGACACCUAUCAUAGGUUUAGUAGGUGAAGAUGAAAAAGAAGAUCCCACUGAUGAUGAAAAACUAUGUCCUCUUUACGGUAAACAUGACAUUAAACUUUUACGUGUGAUCGCAAAAAAUGCUGGAGUUGAAGUAAAAGAUCUACUUCAGUUUGAUCUAGAAUUAUUUGAUACUCAAUUUGGUACUGUUGGAGGUUUGCAAAAAGACUUUUUGUUCUGUCCUAGAAUUGACGAUAAGAUAUGCUCUUAUUGCGCUAUUCAUGCAUUAUUGGAUUCUCUAGAAGACCCUUUCAGUUUUCCAAAUGACAGUUUGCAUAUGGUUGCUCUUUUUGAUAAUGAGGAAGUAGGAUCAUUAUCUAGACAAGGAGCAAGAGGUGGUCUUUUAGAAACAGUUGUUGAUCGAAUUUUAGCUUAUCACUCAUCUGAUGAUGAACUUAAACGUCUCACGUAUGCAAACUCUUUCCUCAUAUCGGCUGACGUGAUCCAUGCUGUGAACCCCAAUUUUGCAAAUGUUUAUCUUGAUCAUCAUAAACCCAAGCUUAAUGUGGGAAUUUCGUUAACUUGUGAUCCUAAUGGCAACAUGGCUACUAAUUCAGUUUCUAUAGCUUUUUUGGAAGAAAUUGCUCGUCAAACUGGAAACACUUUGCAAGUAUUUCAUAUUCGAAAUGAUUCCCGCUCGGGAGGCACUAUUGGUCCUGCUUUAUCUUCGGCUACUGGAAUUAGAGCAGUGGAUUGUGGAGUUCCUCAGCUUGCCAUGCACUCCAUCAGAGCUACUACUGGAUCAAAAGAUGUUUGGCUUGGGGUUAAAAUGUUCAAAGCAUUUUUCGAAAAAUGGAAAGAAGUGGAUGUUCAAUUUAAACUUGGUGAUUUAUAG